GCAGAGACCGGUAUAUAUUUCAGUGUUAGGCUGUACUGCAGUAUAGUUCCACAGCGGAAGACGAGAAGAAGAAAUCGCAGCUUUUCACUUUAAUCAUUAAACUAUAGACUGCAGUUCUCUGAAGUGCCAGCAUGCAGAUCUUUGUGAAGACCCUCACUGGCAAGACCAUCACACUUGAGGUCGAGCCCAGCGACACCAUUGAGAAUGUCAAAGCCAAAAUCCAGGACAAGGAAGGCAUUCCCCCCGACCAGCAGAGGUUGAUCUUUGCCGGCAAACAGCUGGAGGAUGGCCGCACCCUCUCUGACUAUAACAUCCAGAAAGAAUCCACCCUCCAUCUUGUCCUGCGUCUGAGGGGAGGCAUGCAGAUCUUUGUCAAGACCCUGACUGGCAAGACCAUCACCCUGGAGGUCGAGCCCAGUGACACCAUUGAGAAUGUGAAGGCCAAGAUUCAGGACAAAGAGGGCAUCCCCCCUGACCAGCAGCGUCUGAUCUUUGCUGGCAAGCAGCUGGAAGAUGGCCGCACCCUCUCCGACUACAACAUCCAGAAAGAAUCCACGCUUCAUCUUGUCCUGCGUCUGAGGGGAGGCAUGCAGAUCUUUGUCAAGACCCUGACUGGCAAGACCAUCACCUUGGAGGUCGAGCCCAGUGACACCAUUGAGAACGUGAAGGCCAAGAUUCAGGACAAAGAGGGCAUCCCCCCUGACCAGCAGAGGUUGAUCUUUGCCGGCAAACAGCUGGAAGAUGGCCGCACCCUCUCCGACUACAACAUCCAGAAGGAGUCCACCCUCCAUCUUGUCCUGCGUCUGAGGGGAGGCAUGCAGAUCUUCGUCAAGACCCUGACUGGCAAAACCAUCACCUUGGAAGUUGAGCCCAGUGACACAAUUGAAAACGUUAAGGCCAAGAUCCAGGACAAAGAGGGCAUCCCCCCUGACCAGCAGCGUCUGAUCUUUGCUGGCAAGCAGCUGGAAGAUGGCCGCACCCUCUCUGACUACAACAUCCAGAAGGAGUCCACCCUCCAUCUUGUCCUGCGUCUGAGGGGAGGCAUGCAGAUCUUCGUGAAGACCCUCACUGGCAAGACCAUCACCCUUGAGGUUGAGCCCAGCGACACCAUUGAGAACGUGAAGGCCAAGAUCCAGGACAAAGAGGGCAUUCCCCCUGACCAGCAGAGGCUGAUCUUUGCUGGAAAGCAGCUGGAAGAUGGCCGCACCCUCUCUGACUACAACAUCCAGAAGGAGUCCACCCUCCAUCUUGUCCUGCGUCUGAGGGGAGGCAUGCAGAUCUUCGUCAAGACCCUGACUGGCAAGACCAUCACCCUUGAGGUCGAGCCCAGCGACACCAUUGAGAACGUCAAGGCCAAAAUCCAGGACAAAGAAGGCAUUCCCCCUGACCAGCAGAGGCUGAUCUUUGCUGGAAAGCAGCUGGAAGAUGGCCGCACCCUCUCUGACUACAACAUCCAGAAGGAGUCCACCCUCCAUCUUGUCCUGCGUCUGAGGGGUGGCCACAUGCAGAUCUUUGUGAAGACCCUCACUGGCAAGACCAUCACCCUGGAGGUCGAGCCCAGCGACACCAUUGAGAAUGUCAAGGCCAAGAUCCAGGACAAAGAGGGCAUCCCUCCUGACCAGCAGAGGCUGAUCUUUGCUGGAAAGCAGCUGGAAGAUGGCCGCACCCUCUCUGACUACAACAUCCAGAAGGAGUCCACCCUCCAUCUUGUCCUGCGUCUGAGGGGAGGCAUGCAGAUCUUCGUCAAGACCCUGACUGGCAAGACCAUCACCCUGGAGGUCGAGCCUAGCGACACCAUUGAGAACGUCAAGGCCAAAAUCCAGGACAAAGAGGGCAUUCCUCCCGACCAGCAGAGGUUGAUCUUCGCUGGCAAACAGCUGGAAGAUGGCCGCACCCUCUCUGACUACAACAUCCAGAAAGAAUCCACCCUCCAUCUUGUCCUGCGUCUGAGGGGUGGCAUGCAGAUUUUUGUGAAGACCCUCACUGGCAAGACCAUCACCCUGGAGGUCGAGCCUAGCGACACCAUUGAGAAUGUCAAGGCCAAGAUCCAGGACAAAGAGGGCAUCCCCCCUGACCAGCAGAGGCUGAUCUUUGCUGGAAAGCAGCUGGAAGAUGGCCGCACACUCUCUGACUACAACAUCCAGAAGGAGUCAACCCUCCACUUGGUCCUGCGUCUGAGGGGUGGUCAAUAAAUGAUGCCAUGUUUUACUUGGUUUACAUGACAACAUUACUUAAUAAAAGAUGACAGAUUAAAUUA